CACGUCACUGUUUGACCGCGCCUACUUCCGAGAAGGAGACGCAGCCCACAUUAAAACAAGCAGAAACCCGAAAUAACCUUUCAGAGCAGGACUGGUAGCGGUCAUCAUUGUUGGCGUUCAGACGUAAGAAAGGGCUCUUGGUUUUAGUUAAACUUGUCAGAUCCUGUCAUGGCUAUCACUGCAGUCCUUCUGCUGAGCAGUCUUGGCUUUUUUGCAGUUACUGCUCAAGCUCAAGACUGUUCCAAACCUGUUGGAGACAACAUGGAUUUAAAGGGCAAUGACAUUCUUCUAACUAGUUUCCCAGAUGGGACCACAGUUACUUUUGCCUGUAAUAUUGGAUAUGUGUCUGCAGGAGGGUCCCCAAGUGUUACUUGUACUGCUGGAAGUUGGAGUCCUGUGCGGUUGAAAUGCGAGAGGAAGAACUGUGGCGCUGUGGAGGAUGUUGAUAAUGGACAGAUUCACUAUGAUCCUGGGAUUGAAUUUGGCGAUAAAGCAGUGCUCAUUUGUAACCCUGGGUAUAGGGCAGUUGGUGGAGGAGACCUCACUUGUGGAGACAAAGGGUGGAUGGGCAGGUUGCCUGUAUGUGAAGUGAUAAAAUGUGAAUCACCACCUGUAGUACAGGAUGGCUCUUUCAGUCCAAACAAAGACACCUAUGAAUAUAAUGAAGUUAUACAGUACACCUGUAAAAAGGAUUAUACACUUGAUGGAUCAAGACAGUUACAUUGUUCGGAUGAUGCAACAUUCAAGCCUGAGCCUCCAAGAUGUAUCAAGGUUGAAUGUGGAGAUCCAGAGAUUCCAUUUGGACAGUGGAGUAGUGGUGCUCGACCUCCAUAUGGAUACUUGUCUACAGUCACAUUACAGUGUAACGCUGGAUACACAAUGAAUGGAACCGCUACUGUGAUGUGUGAUCUAAAUAGUCAGUGGUCGCCUGGACUUCCUCAGUGUAUACCAAACCCCACAAGAACUACCACUACAACCACUACGACCAUUACCACUACUAACCCCUCUACCCCAAAGAAACCAACAGUUCCAUUUGCAGAAGGAUGUGAAGAUCCCAUAAAGAGAAGUGCUGAGGUGACUGUGAGCUCUCAACCUCCAUAUAGACAUGGGGUUAAAGUGACUCUCAGCUGCCCACCUGGAUACAAGCUAAAUGGACCAGAUACCCAGACAUGUGAAAAAAAUGGUCUGUGGUCACCAGGAAUUCCAGAAUGUACACUGGACAAUGGAAAUGGCAGUUCUCCAGGUUUAGUUAUUGGCAUUUUGGGGGGCGUGGGCGCAGUCCUGGUCAUCGGCUUUGGAGGCCUUAUGUGGCGCAAAAAAAACGGCGAAAAGGGAAAGCGCACUGGAAGAGGCACUACUGACAAAGAUGCUACAAAAGAUGAAGAGAAUGUAGCACUCUCGUAAGCAUGACAGCCUGGAUACUCCACAACUACUUGCUGUGAAAACCGCUUCCUAAGAAGAAUGCCAAAGGACCAGUCUUUGAAUGUGCAUGUAUUUGCCAGAAGUUUAUGAGCACCUCUCUUAAAAUUGGAUUCCGAAGAUCGAGAAACAUCAGUGGAUUGGGACAUUUUAUGCUUCGAGUGGCUUGUCUCAUAACUUUUUGUAUUCUGAUCAUUACGAAGAAACUGAUAAAUAUUUAGCGGAGAAGCUUAAAUUCCAUGUUGAAUUUCUGUUGCACUGUAGUAAAGGAACACAGCUUGACUAUUGUAGCUCAUUUACCGAUGGUCUAAAAUUAGCAAAAUUGGCUCACAAUGUCUGUAACUACUGAGUUGGAUCUGUAAAAUGGUCCCAAACCUAAUCAUAAGGCAUCUAUUCAUGCCUUAAUGCAAAAAAAGUGUUUUAGCUUGUGCUUCAUUUAAAUAGUUGUAAAUUUCAUAAAUGUUAACCCAGUUGUUGGGUUUCCAAACCUGCCCUGCAGUGUUUAGCCUUAAAUAAUGUCAGCACCUUGUUUUUUGAAUUUGCCAAAAUGAGUUUGAGGAUACGUGAAGACACUUCCAUCAUCCAGGAAAGGAAAUCCCAAAAAGUUGAUUCUGUUCAUCUGGACUCGUCUUCAGUCUCAACUGACUGCAGGUUUCCCAGAUCUUACAAACCUGAAGUCAUCUGAGACUGAAGAAGUGAAUGAAACGUUUCUCCCACUGGAAAUGCUACGAUGAACAGAAUCAACUUUUUGGGAAUGAGUUUCAAUGUUUCAUUGACAAGGGGAGGAAAAAUAAUCAUAAACUUAUAUUUAUGACAGGCUGUGGAUAUUAGCCUGUCACUGCAUCAGUUUUUUUUUUUUUUUUAAGUUGUCUUUUGACUACUCACUGUUCAGGACAUAAAGAUGAAUAUUUUGAGUAUUAGCUCACUUGCCUUGCUUAAUAUUUAUUUAUUAAAAUAAAAAAAUAAAAAAAUCUGAUCUUAAGUUGGAACGAAAUUUUAUAAUAAUGAAAUAAAAUGAAUGAAGACA